AUGUUGUUUGGGAAACUAUUAAAUUGGCGUUUGAUCCGAAAUUUCGGCUAUUUCUAUUGUGCUUCAUAUGCUCUAGGUCGUCAUGUAGGUGAAUUAGUGAUAUGUUCAGGACCAUCGAUGCAUCCAACAAUACAAGAUGGUGAUUUGGUGAUUGCUGAGCGGUUGAGUAUCCAUUUGCGUAACUUACGACGUGGCGAUAUUGUUGGCGCUUUGGCACCUCAUGAUUCGAGCGAAAUGCUUUGUAAACGCUUAACGGCUAUGGAGCAUGAUAUAGUGACAAAUUGUUAUCUGUUACCGAAUGGGGUGAUUCCACGGGGACAUGUAUACUUGGAAGGUGAUAACACGGUAGCUUCUACCGAUUCUCGGGUCUUUGGUCCGGUACCAGCCGGCCUGGUACAAGUUCGUUUAAUACUUAGGAUAUGGCCAUUAUCGAGGGCUGGAUGGAUAUCGACACAUUGGUUCUGGGAGAAGCCAAAUGAGUAA